AUGGAGGCCUUGAGAAUGCCCCACUCAGGCCCUCGGAAGAAGAGGCCCCGGCAGAUGGGGGCCUCCGUGGCCUCCCCUCCUCCUGAUAUCAAGUUUCGAGACUUGGUUCUCUUCAUUUUGGAGAAGAAAAUGGGAAGCACCCGCAGAGCCUUCCUCAUGGAGCUGGCCCGGAGGAAAGGAUUCAGGGUUGAAAAUGAGCUCAGUGAUUGCGUCACCCACAUUGUGGCAGAAAACAACUCUGGUUCUGACGUUCUGGAGUGGCUGCAGGUCCAGAACGUGAGCACCAGUUCGCAGCUGGAAGUCCUUGAUGUGUCCUGGCUGAUAGAGUGUAUGCGAGCAGGCGAGCCAGUGGAGACGACAGGACAGCACCAGCUGGUGGUGAGAAAAGACUAUUCAAGUGACCCCAGUCCCGGCCCCCAGAAGACUCCACCACUUGCUGUAGAAAAGCUCUCUCAGUAUGCGUGUCAGAGAAGAACUACAUUAAACAAUUGUAAUCGCGUGUUCACGGAUGCCUUUGAGGUGCUGGCUGAAAAUUAUGAAUUUAGAGAAAAUGAAGUCUCCUGUGUGGCAUUUUUGAGAGCGGCUUCUGUGCUGAAAGCUCUGCCUUUCCCAAUCCUCAGUAUGAGGGACACAGAAGGGAUCCCCUGCCUUGAGGACAAAGUGAAGUGUGUCAUAGAGGAAAUUCUUGAAGAUGGAGAAAGUUCUGAAGUUAAAGCUGUGUUAAAUGAUGAGCGUUAUCAGUCCUUCAAACUAUUUACAUCUGUAUUUGGAGUGGGGCUGAAGACAUCUGAGAAAUGGUUCCGGAUGGGUUUCAGAACUCUAAGUAAAAUAAGGUCAGACGAAACCCUGAAAUUCACAAGAAUGCAGAAAGCAGGAUUCCUGUAUUAUGAAGAUCUUGUCAGCUGUGUUACCUGGGAAGAAGCAGAGGCAGUCAGCAUGCUGGUUAAAGAGGCCGUCUGGGCAUUUCUGCCUGAUGCCUUCGUCACCAUCACAGGAGGGUUCCGGAGGGGUAAGAAGAUUGGGCACGAUGUAGAUUUUUUAAUUACCAGCCCAGAAAUCACAGAGGAAACAGAGCAACAGCUUUUACCUAAAGUGAUAAAUUUAUGGGAAAGGAAGGGAUUACUUUUAUACUAUGAUCUUGUGGAGUCGACAUUUGACAAGCUCAAACAGCCCAGCAGGAAGGUGGAUGCAUUAGACCAUUUUCCAAAAUGCUUCUUGAUUUUAAAAUUGCACCACCAGAGAGUGGACAGCAGCAGCCCUGGCCAGCAGGAAGGGAAGAAUUGGAAGGCCAUCCGUGUGGACCUGGUCUUGUGUCCCUACGAGCGCCGAGCCUUCGCCCUGCUGGGCUGGACCGGCUCCCGGCAAUUCGAGAGGGACCUCCGGCGCUUUGCCACGCACGAACGGAAGAUGAUGCUGGAUAACCACGCGCUGUACGACAGGACCAAGAGGAUAUUUCUCCAAGCAGAAAGUGAAGAAGAAAUUUUUGCGCACCUGGGAUUGGAGUACAUUGAUCCAUGGGAAAGAAAUGCGUAG